UGUAGCCAAAGAUGUUGAUAUGAAUUUAUUGGCUAGUCAAACCAACGGUUUUACUGGUGCCAAGUUAACUGAAAUAUGUCAACGUGCUAGUAAAUUAGCAAUUCGAGAACAAAUUCUAAAAAAAAAUAAAUGUGAAGAAGAACAACAACAUACAAGACAAAUAGCAAUGGAGUCUGAUAAGCCUGAUCCAGUACUAGAAAUUCGGCAUGAUCAUUUCCAAGAAGCUAUUCAAUUUUUGCUAAACCAUCCUUAUAAUAUCUGA